AACACGUUCUACGAGAGCCGGAGCGACAACAGUACAGCUGUAAGCCCCCCAAGAAUAGGCACGUCACACCUCGUAUUCUUCAAGGCUUGAGCUUCACAGCCACUGAGAAGGAACGAAAUAAAUCUGUGCUGUAUUGGCGAGGCGGCGAGGCGGACGAAAACAACAACGCGGUGUAACACAGCACUUCCCAGCAGAGACAACCUCGCACGGAACACUUCCACUCCUCUGUCGAAGACAACGCCAUCCGCUACACAGAGUACCCUCUUCUGAGAGAAAAAGACGGUGUGCACCCGAAGCAGCAGCCAUGGGAAACAAGGUAUCUCUGGAGAAUGAACUCAUCAACCUGAGGCUGACCUCCAAGCAGCAGCAGAGGGGCGCGAUCAAGUGCACCAAGAACGAGAACGCGGCGAAGGCCAAGUUGCGAGAGGCAAUCAAGGCUGGCAACAUCGAGGGAGCCCGUAUCUACGGCCAGAACGCGAUUCGAGAAAAGAAUCAAAGUUUAAAUUGUCUACGUCUAAGUAGUCGAAUAGAUGCUGUGGCGUCGCGGCUCGAGACAGCGAUUCGGAUGAAGCAGGUAAACAAGUCGAUGGAGGGGGUGGUUAAGGGCAUGGAGUCGGCUCUCAAGGCAAUGGACGUCGAGCGCAUCUCGAAAACCAUGGACAGCUUCGAGCAGCAGUUCGAAGACAUGGAUGUACGGGCGGGGUACAUGGAAAACGCCAUGGGCGACUCAACGGCCAUGUCGACGCCCCAGGAGCAAGUGGAUGGCCUCAUUCAGAUGGUAGCCGAUGAGGCUGGCUUAGAGCUGGGUGAACAGCUCGACGACGCUGGCCCUGUGUCUAACAAGGUGCCCGCCAAGCCGGCGGCCGCACCGGCGGCCGCGGCUGGCGAGGAGGACGAGCUGGCCAAUAGGUUGGCCGCCCUGCGCAAAUGAGAACGUAACUCGUUUGCAUGGAUUGAUAGGGCAGCCGUCCGUUGCGCAUGGAAGGUGUGUCGUUACGUUUUGGCUGUUUGCAGUAUUUGCAAGAGCUAGCCCAUUGCUACGUCGCUGUACUCAGAUGUUAAGCUGACGUAAAAUUGUUGGUUGUGGUGCGCGGUUGGUGAGGCUACCCUGCCGGCUGCAUACGUUUGUAGAGUGGACCGGUAUCUCUUUUGCGAGAAGACAUGAGAUGGACGAUAGAUAAGCUCCUACAGCAGACUCGCAUGCACCACAAACUUGCGAGUUUCGUAUACCUUCUGUUGUUUUCCAGCACGUUGAAAGAGAGUCGAACACUGCUGAUAUUUAGCAGUGUAGUAAGCCACAGGGCGUGUCUGUUGUCUUAGUAUUGUCUCUGAGUAACCCGCUGAGGCAUCGUUGUUCAUGUAAUAGGGACUGCAAGUUGCUGAUAUUUGAACUCGAGAGUUCGUCGAAGGAUGCCUGCUGCAGCUCACGAGUUUGAACGGUUGCUCAAGUAGAGUAGUUUAGUCUGUGGAACAGGUGGACCCGACAAACGAGCAAUGGAACUCACAGGUCCCGCCCCCGUGUAAAUGAUCGUUUUGUCUU